GUUUUUUUGUUUUUUUUGUGUUUUUUGAAAUCUGUUGUUGAUGUUUUUGUUUCGGAGGAAGAUAGUUUGUGGGUGGGUAUAAAUACCCAGAUGGAAGGGUUUGAGGAUCCAGGUCUUGUGCACAUUUUGUGAUGACUGCAUAGUUUUUAGAUCUCCACAGUCCAUGGCCAUUUCUUCUUCCACAGCUUCUUCUUCUUAGGGAUGAGACUCCUGUGAGGCUCUGUAAAUAGUUUGAUUCUUUAGCUCAUUUUGUUGUGGUGUGUAAUCAAUAAGUGGAAGAAGAAAUGGCCCGCAACCAGGAUUUGGAGAUUGGGAAUGGCAGUCUCUGUGAGCCUCUCAUCACCCAGAAGACAGAAGAAGAAGAAAUAGUACUUCAGCACAGCAACAAUGGUGGGCUUUGGAUGCUUCUAUUCAGUACAUUUGUUGCUGUUUGUGGUUCCUUUGAGUAUGGAUCGUGUGUGGGAUAUACUGCACCUACCCAGUUUGGCAUUAUGGAUGACCUUAAACUAUCUUAUUCGCAGUACUCAUUUUUUGGGUCUGUAUUAACCAUCGGUGGAAUGAUUGGAGCCAUCAUGAGCGGUUGGAUUGCUGAUUCUGUUGGUCGUAAAGGGGCCAUGAGGAUUGCAUCCGUUAGCUGCAUUGGAGGAUGGCUUGCAGUCUACCUAUCUGUAGAAUCUAUACUGCUAGACCUGGGGAGACUGUUAACUGGAUAUGGUGUUGGCCUUCUUUCUUAUGUGGUGCCUGUUUACAUUGCUGAGAUAAGCCCCAGAGAACUUCGAGGAGCAUUAGCAACAACAAAUCAGAUAUUCAUUUCUAUAGCAAUGCUUAUUGCAUUUGUUAUUGGAGCAUUUGUAAAAUGGAGGACAUUGGCUAUAACUGGAAUCAUCCCAUGCAUGAUUCUGCUUGCUGGGCUCUAUUUCAUUCCAGAGUCACCCAGAUGGCUGGCAAUGAUUGGUCGCCAGAAAGAGUUUCAAGUUGCACUACGGAAGCUUCGAGGAGCAAAUGCUGAUAUUUCUGAAGAAGAAGCUGAGCUAACAGAAUAUGUAGUCGCUAACGAACUCCUCCCUAAAGUCACUGUACUGGAUUUGCUUGAUAGAAGAAAUGUUCGAGCUCUUGCAGUUGGAGCUGGAUUAAUGGUGUUCCAGCAGUUUGUGGGCUAUAAUGCUAUUGUGUUCUAUGCUGGCCACGUCUUUGUAUCUGCAGGAGUCCCUCCAAAUGUUGGAAGCAUUCUCUAUGCCUCUCUACAGGUUGUCGUGACCGCACUAGGUGCAAGCUUAAUAGAUAGAACUGGGAGACGACCCCUUUUGUUGCUAUCCGCAUCUGGGUUGCUCCUUGGCAGUCUACUAACUGGAAUUUCCUUCCUUUUGAAGGCUCAUCAAUUGGAACCCGAAUUGGUUCCAGUUCUUGCAGUUGCUGGCAUCAUGAUUUAUAUGGGCUUCUUCUCAAUUGGGAUGUGUUCAAUUCCAUGGGUUAUGAUGUCUGAGAUAUUCCCAAUAAAUACAAAGGGAAUUGCAGGAAGCCUAGUGACAUUGGUGAACUGGUUUGGUUCUUGGAUUGUAUCCUACACUUUCAAUUUUCUCAUGAGCUGGAGUCCCCAUGGUAUAUUUUUUGUGUUUGCUGCUGUCUGUGUGAUGGCUAUUAUUUUCGUCAUAAGAGUGGUGCCAGAGACAAAAGGCCGAACUCUAGAAGAAAUUCAAGCUUCCAUGAGCUGAUUGAAUUCAUGUAUUUAUAAUUUAUUUGUCUCUUUGUGUCUAUCUCUCUCUCUCUCUCUCUCUCUCUCCCCUUUUCUCUCUUUAUGGGUUGUGAAUGACAAAGAGAAAGUUGUUGUAAACUGCGUUUUGGUUUGAAAAAUAUAUCUCAUUUUUUCUGUGUUC